AUGGCUUUCCCUAACCCGACGACUCCGUCUCCCGGCACUGCAAUGGAGUACAACCCGACCAUGGACAUGGACUCCAGCACAGGCGAAGGUUCGAACCAGGCCACACCGCCCACACCAUCGUACUUGGGCUCGCCGUACGGGUACGAGUCAAUCCAGGGCACGGACUCCAUCAUGGCAACUCUUGGUUCCCCCUCCCUCGCUCAGCAGAACCAGGCCAUAUUUGCUCUCUUGGUGAGAGGCGCAACUCUAGAGUUCAUCUUCCACUAUGUCGAGACCUUCAAGCAUAUGGUGUGGUCCAACGAUAUCGUUGGGCUCGCGUUCAUGGCGUUGUCUGGUAACCUCCAAGACCUCGCUAUCAUGGCGGUGAUCCCCGCGGAGGAGCUUGUUGGAAGGAUCCUACACGUCUUGCACCUUUCAGCCCACCCGUUCAUCGAGCCGCCCCCGAAUGUCGCAUGCGAACCCAUCGAUGACUCACGCCCGAGCACGAAUGCCGGACCCUCUGACGAGACAACCCCUCCGCCUCAAGCCUCCAAAAAGCCGCGUGCCUCACGCAAAGGCAAAGAGCCAGCACAACAAGCCAUUGUCCGAAGGGGCUGCCCAGGCAAUGGAUGGAAGUGCAAGCCUCAUGAGGAAAGCACCAGGAAAUACUGGGAUUCGAAGACCGGGUUCGAAACUCACUUCACGGCCAUCCACAUGGAGGGAUGUGCCGAUGGCUUUCGCUGGAAAUGCCCACUCCACGUCCGCGGCUGUGCUCGUUCGUUCGCGGGCAAUGGGUCUGAUCUCCUCGAUCACCUUUGGUUCGACCACUGGGAGCCAGUAGAGCCUUCCCAGUAG